AAAAUGGAUAAAGGAAAUCAAUCUGUUGUGUCAGAAUUUGUGCUUCUGGGACUCUGCCACUCAUGGAAUAUGCAGGUUUUACUCUUAAUGAUAUUUUUGAUGCUUUACCUGACCAUCAUGCUUGGAAAUACUGUUAUUGUGAUCUUAGUCAUCAUUGACCUCCAUCUCCAUUCCCCCAUGUACUUCUUGUUGGCCAAUCUGUCCCUUGUUGACAUGUUGCUUUCCUCAAUUAUCACACCUAAGACAAUCACAGACUUUCUCAGGGAGAUGAAAACCAUUUCCUUUGGAGGCUGCAUGUGCCAGAUCCUCUUUGUCCAUCUUUGCGGAGGGAGUGAGAUGGUGCUACUAGUGGUAAUGGCCUAUGACCGCUAUUUAGCCAUCUGCAAGCCACUACACUAUUCCACCAGUAUAAGCCUGCAGAAAUGCAUUGGGUUGGUGGUGGCUUCCUGGACCAUUGGCUUUGUGCAUGCCAUGAGUCAAAUGGUCAUGAUUAUACAGCUGCCUUUCUGUGGUCCCAGGGAAAUAAACAGCUUCUUCUGUGAUGUGCCACUGGUUAUCAAGCUUGCAUGCAUGGAUUCUUAUACUUUGGGAAUAUUAAUGAAUGCAGACACUGGGGUCAUCACCAUGACCUGCUUUAUCCUGUUGCUGAUAUCCUACAUGUGUAUUCUCUUGACUGUCAGCCAAAGCUCUAAAACUGGUGCAUCGAAGGCACUCUCCACUUGCACUGCCCAUAUCAUGGUGGUGGUACUCUUCUUUGGGCCCUGCAUCUUCAUCUAUGUGUGGCCACUCAGCAUUACUUGGAUGGACAAAUUUCUUGCCAUGUUUUUCUCUGUUCUCACACCUAUUUUAAAUCCAUCCAUUUAUACCCUAAGAAAUAAAGAGAUAAAAUGGGCUAUGAAGAGAUUCCGAAGCUACCACAUAGAUUUCAAGGGAAAUUUUUAA